AAGCCGCGAGUCGCUGCGGCCGCGGCUGCGGGCGAGGAAGAUGCGGCCGCGGCGCGCCCCCGGCCCGGCCGCCCCGCAGCGCCCUCCCCGGAGCGGACGCCGGCGCGCGGGGCGCCGGGGCUGAGCCCCCUCCCCCAGCGCAGCCCGCGGCCCGGGGCGGGGAGCGCGCCCCGGCCCCCUCCCCGCCGGGAUGCCCGGCUGAGCCGGCCCGGCCCGGACAGGUGCGCGCACCGGCCCCCCCGCCCCGCCGCCCGCGCCCUCCGCCCGCGCUCCCUCCCGCGCACUCCGGCGGCCGCGGCUCCGAGGUGUCACCUCCUGUCGCCCCGACCUCGCCAUGCGGACCCCGCGAGUGCCCCCUCCCCGCCUGGCCCUGCUGCUCCUGGUGCUGCUCCUGGGGGGCGCCCACGGGCUCUUCCCCGAGGAGCCGCCGCCGCUCAGCGUGGCCCCCAGGGACUACCUGAGCCACUACCCUGUGUUCGUGGGCAGCGGGCCGGGGCGCUCGGCCCCCACCGAGGGCGCCGAGGACCUCAACAUCCAGCGGGUCCUGCGGGUCAACAGGACGCUGUUCAUCGGGGACAGGGACAGCCUGUACCGGGUAGAGCUGGAGCCCCCCGCCUCCACGGAGCUCCGGUACCAGAGGAAGCUGACCUGGCGCUCCAACCCCAAUGACAUCAACGUGUGUCGGAUGAAGGGCAAGCAGGAGGCCGAGUGCCGGAACUUUGUGAAGGUGUUGCUGCUCCGGGACGAGGCCACGCUUUUCGUGUGCGGCUCCAACGCCUUCAACCCCCUGUGCGCCAACUACAGUACAGACACGCUGCAGCCCCUCGGGGACAGCAUCAGCGGCAUGGCCCGCUGCCCCUACGACCCCAAACACGCCAACGUCGCCCUGUUCUCCGAAGGAAUGCUCUUCACGGCCACCGUCACCGACUUCCUGGCCAUCGACGCCGUCAUCUACCGCAGCCUCGGGGACAGGCCCACCCUGCGCACCGUCAAGCACGACUCCAAGUGGUUCAAAGAGCCCUACUUUGUGCACGCGGUGGAGUGGGGCAGCCACAUCUACUUCUUCUUCCGGGAGAUCGCAAUGGAGUUCAACUACCUGGAGAAGGUGGUGGUGGCCCGCGUGGCCCGGGUGUGCAGGAACGACGCGGGGGGCUCGCCCCGUGUGCUGGAGAAGCAGUGGACGUCCUUCCUGAAGGCGCGGCUCAACUGCUCUGUGCCCGGGGACUCGCACUUCUACUUCAACGUGCUGCAGGCCGUCACGGGCGUGGUCAGCCUGGGCGGCCGACCCACGGUCCUGGCCAUUUUCUCCACCCCCAGCAACAGCAUCCCCGGCUCUGCCGUCUGCGCCUUUGACAUGACACAGGUGGCCGCCGUGUUUGAAGGCCGCUUUCGAGAGCAGAAGUCUCCCGAGUCCGUCUGGACGCCGGUGCCGGAGGACCAGGUGCCCCGGCCCCGGCCUGGGUGCUGUGCGGCUCCCGGCAUGCAGUACAACACCUCCAGCGCCUUCCCGGAUGAGAUCCUCAACUUCGUCAAGACCCACCCGCUGAUGGACGAGGCGGUGCCCUCGCUGGGCCACGCGCCCUGGAUAGUGCGGACUCUGACACGGCACCAGCUGACUCGCGUGGCUGUGGACGUGGGCGCCGGCCCCUGGGGCAACCAGACUGUGGUCUUUCUGGGCUCCGAGGCGGGCACCGUCCUCAAGUUCCUGGUCUGGCCCAACGCCAGUGCCUCGGGCACCUCCGGGCCCAGCGUCUUCCUCGAGGAGUUCGAGACCUACCGGCCAGACAGGUGUGGCCGGCCCGGUGGCGGUGGCGGUGAGACGGGGCAGCGGCUGCUGAGCCUGGAGCUGGACGUGGCCUCGGGAGGCCUGCUGGCGGCCUUCCCCCACUGUGUGGUCCGCGUGCCCGUGGCCCGCUGCCAGCAGCACUCAGGGUGCAUGAAGAACUGCAUCGGCAGCCAGGACCCCUACUGCGGGUGGGCCCCUGACGGCUCCUGCAUCUUCCUCAGCCCUGGCACCAGGGCCACCUUUGAGCAGGACGUGUCCGGGGCUAGCACCUCCGGCUUAGGGGACUGCACAGGCCUCCUGCGGGCCAGCCUGGCGGAGGAGCGCGCCGGGCUGGUGUCGGUGAACCUGCUGGUGACGUCCUCGGUGGCGGCCUUCGUGGUGGGCGCCGUGGUGUCGGGCUUCAGCGUGGGCUGGUACGUGGGCCUCCGCGAGCGGCGCGCGCUGGCCCGGCGCCGGGACAAGGAGGCCAUGCUGGCGCCCGGCGGCGCGGUGCUGAGCGUGAGCCGCCUGGGCGAGCGGCGCGCGGGGGCCGCGGGGGCCCGGGGCGGCGGCGGGGGGCCCCCGGAGGCGCUGCUGGCGCCGCUGAUGCAGAACGGCUGGGCCAAGGCCACGCUGCUGCAGGGCGGCCCGCACGACCUGGACUCGGGGCUGCUGCCCACGCCCGAGCAGACGCCGCUGCCGCAGAAGCGCCUGCCGGCCCCGCUCCCGCUCCCGCACCCGCACCCGCACCCGCACCCCGGCGCGCGCGCCUGGGAGCACGGCCCCCCGCUGCUGCCCGCCGGCCCCGCCGCCUCGCUGCUGCUGCUCGGCCCCGCCCGGCCCCCCGAGCAGCCCGGCCGCGCGCCCCACGCGGACUUCCCGCCCACGCCGCACGCCAGCCCGGACCGCCGGCGCGUGGUGUCGGCGCCCACCGGCCCCUCGGACCCGAACGCGGCCUGCGACAGCCUCCCGCGGCGCUGGAGCCCGCCGCCCACCGGCAGCCUCCGCCGGCCCGGCCCCCCCGGCCCCGCGGCCGCCUCGCUGCGCCGCACGCACACCUUCAACAGCGGCGAGGCCCGGGGGGACCGGCCCCGCGGCCGCCACGUGCGGCCCGGCGCGGACCUGGCCCACCUGCUCUCCUUCGGGGGCACCGACAGGACUGCGCCCCCCGUGCCCUAGGCUGGGGGCCCCCGACGCCUCAGCGGUGCCAGCCACGGGGAUCAGAGCGAGCGAUCCGGCCCGGCUCCGAGCGGCGCGCUCCGGCCAUGCCCCCCUCCGGGGCGCAGGGCGAGGGCCCCCGCCCACGGAAGCACAAGGCCUGGCCCCCCACCCUGACGGGCCGCGGGACGUGCGGCGGUCUGGGGGAGCGGGAGGAUGUGCUGUAGAUUUGAGAUUGACCUGUGCGUGGGUUUGGGUUUGUUUCCAAUUUGCGGUUGUUGUUUUUUUUUUUUGCAGUUUUUCUACCCAAUUGCACAACUCCGUUCUUGGGGUGGCGGCCCAGGGCUUGGAGGGGGCGGGAUGAGGAGGGGCCACAGCUGCAGACCCCGGUGCCCCCCCUCCAGGCUCCUCCUUGACCUAGGCUCCUGGCGCGUGGGAGUGUGGUGUGUGUGUGUGUGUGUGUGUGUGUGUGCGCGCGUGCAUGCCAUGUUCGUGUGCAAGGGGCCGGGAAGGGGAGGGAGGUGUGCGUGUGAGGGCUGCUGCCGGCGUGUGCGUGGCGAGGGGCACUCAUGCAGGGUGUGUGUCUGUGUGUCUGUGUGUGUGUGCGGCGGCCUGAGAGGCCUGGGCGUUUGGCUGAGCCAACACGGGCUUCCAGAAGGCCGGGGGGGCCUCCAACUGCCGGUCAGGAAUUCGAGGGGAGACAGAGAAAGGGUGUUAGGGAGAGUCCAAGAGGGCCUGCCUGUGAGCCACACUGGCAGCAGCUGUGUAAGUCUUGGUGGGGGCGGGCAGCAAAGGUGGGUGGGCCCCCCUGUAAAUAUGGCCCCAGGGUGGUCAGAGGGUCCCACACCACCAGUCCCCUUGUGACCUCCCCUCCGACCUCCAGCUGACCAUGCAUGCCAGCUGAGUGGCCAGCUGAGACUUGGACCCUCUCUGGAACUUGCCUCCCCAACCCCCUCCCAAUCAAUAAAACUGUUUACAACCACCGGC